AGAAUAAUAACUACAAUAACUACAUGAUAACCCCUCAGCUCAACCAAACAAACUCUCUCUCUUCCAACCACACAAACCUGCCAAUGCGGGGUUUGAUAUCGGCGAAAGGCCAAAGGGGAAGAAGAAAUCAUGCCAAACCAAACUCCCAUCUCCCAUCUCCCAUCCCACAUCCCACAUCCCACAUCCCAUCAACCAAGCCGGCCAAAUUUGGCACACAUUGGUGGGUUUCUUCGCUUCUCCGCCCUAGUCGAUAGCAGUAGAAGAAACCCGUUUUUUCUUUCUCGCUACUUGCCGACUUCUAUCCGGCCCUUCCUGAGAGAAUAAUGCGGUGCGGGUGGAGAGCGACCAUCCGGCUGCUUCGGCGUAGUAGAGUAGUUGGGUACUAGGAGGUUGGUGGAAGGGGAAUGUAAGAUAUGUACUUAUGUACUGAUGAGAUUGCCGACCGAUAUUGGUCCCUAGCCCCACGGUUAGGAAUUGGUUUUUUUAUUUUUAUUUUUAUUCUUUAUUUUUUGCUCUCAUUUCUUCUAUAUAUUAGACUAGGAUUUUGUUUACGUUAUUAUAGGGUUGCUUGCUCUCUGCCCUCGGCUUUUCCAAUCUUAUACAAUAGUUAGUUACCUUGCCGCGCAUAAUAUCAUAGACAGUGAAAGGAAAUAAAAUAAAUAACUCAAAAAAAAAAAAAGAAGCGGAAAAAAAAAAAGAAGAAAUGCUCAGCGAACUGACCUGGGAAGCAGUUGGUGCUGCGAAGCGGGAAGAGCUUCUCUCCUCCAUCCCGGCGGAAUGGAUCAUCUCAGCAGAUAUCUUCCCGCCGGCCACGCAGACGGACGUGACCAGCUUCCCCAAAACAUCGGGCUGGUUCACUGCCUCCGAGCUGGAGAUCACAGGCUCGACGGCCGCUGAAAUCCUAGCAAAGACCACAACGGGCGCCUGGAGCGCUGAAGCUGUCACCCGCGCAUUCUGCAAACGGGCUGCUGCUGCCCAUCAACUGACAAACUGCCUCUCCGAAACCCUCUUCCCAGAGGCUUUAAAAGAUGCAAAGGCGCUCGACGCCCACCUGGCCGCCACCGGCAAGCCAGUCGGGCCCCUCCACGGCCUCCCCGUCUCGCUCAAGGACAACUUCAACGUCAUGGGCAAGGACUCGACGCUCGGUUUCACGGGCUGGGUCAACGACCCGGCUACCUACAACAGCAUAAUGACGGAUCUCCUGCGCGAGCAGGGCGCGGUGCUGUACGUCAAGACGAACGUGCCGACGGCAAUGAUGAUUGCCGAGACGGUGAACAACGUGUUUGGGCGCACGUUGAAUCCUCGCAAUCGCCUGCUGACGCCCGGCGGGUCGUCGGGCGGCGAGUCUGCCUUGAUUGCGUUCGGAGGUAGCCCCCUAGGUGUUGGGACGGAUAUUGGCGGCUCCCUCCGCAUCCCAGCCGCCUGCACCGGAAUCUUCACCCUGCGACCCUCCUUCGGCCGAUUCCCCAACUUCCUGACCAAAUCCGGCCUGGCGGGACAGGAGUCCGUCCUCAGCGUCAACGGACCCAUGGCCGCAACGCUAGACUCCAUCAAGCUCUUUUCCUCCGUGGUGACCAACAGUGAGCCCUGGCUCCGCGAUCCCAAGUGCAUACCGAUCCCCUGGCGGGCCAUGGAGCGCAAGCAGCGCCUGAAGCUGGCCGUGUUAUGGGAUGAUGGCAUAGUCCGGCCGACCCCGCCGGUUCGCCGCGCGAUGAGAGAGACGGUGGACAAGUUGCGGAAGGCUGGGCAUGAGGUUGUCGAUUGGGACGCGACGGGGCAUAAAGAGGGGAAUGAUAUUUUGGAUCGCUUCUUCCUUUCCGACGGCGGCAGGACCGUGCAAGAUAUCCUCGCCGCGACCAAAGAACCCAUCCGCCCCGAGAUGGACCGGUACGGCCACGCCAAGGACGGCGGCGUACAGGCGCUGUGGAAACUGCACGUUGAACGCAAUAGGUUCCAGCAGAGCUACAUGGAGCGGUGGAAUGCGUGUGAAGGACUCGAUGGGCUGUUGACCCCCACAACCCCCUUCGCGACAGUUGAGCACGGCCUCUUCAAGCACGUCGGUUACACAGGCGUGUACAACAUCCUCGAUUACUCAUGUCUGUCGUUCCCGUGCGGCGUACAGGCUGAUGCGGCCGUAGACGGCCCCGACGUAAACGAGACUGAACUGAGUAAAGUUGACGGCAUUGUGCAGAGGGAAUACAACCCCUCCGCCGUCCACGGGCAGCCAGUCAGCUUGCAGCUAGUAGGCCGCAAGUUCGAGGAGGAGAAGGUGGUGAUGAUGGGCGAGGUUAUCCUGGAGGCGCUGAAGGGGCCAGCUAUGAACGGAAGAGCGUAAACUCAAACAGUGUCGUUCUAUAUCGAGUUGGAUUUGAUGGAGGAUUUACUUAUAAAUAAAUUUAUAUCAUCUCAUUUUUGGCUUUUCUUUCCUUUCUAUAUACCAUCGUUAUCUUAUACUUUGGCCCCCAGGCCUAUUUUUUUGGACAUAAAUAAUUCUCUGGGAAAGCAAUCGUCAGUGAAAUUGUUUUUACCAUCGUUCCAGAUAAAUUAUAGAUUGAAAUGCCAUACCUUCAUAAGUAUUAAUGAACUGAAAAAUAAAAUUCAUAUC